AUGACAGACAAUUCGAUGAGCGUAGGCGAAUGGACGCCCAAUCUCUGGCACAUGAGUGCUCCCAAGCCAACACCCGUCCUUUCAUCCGAGCCUUCACAGCCGAGCCUGGGUCUUGCGGGUAUUUCAAAUGUGCAGCCAAACAACCCAUUGUGGAUGACCCCCGACUCAUUUCAAACCUCACAAGAACCAUUUAUGGAGAUGCCUUUUAAAAACAACAUUGGCGUCAAUAUACCGUUCAACAGUAGCAAUAACAAUACUGGUGACAAUGAGGCCUCGCCUGGUAUUUCUGAUAUGAGUAUUAACAAUUGCGCAGUACUUGAUACGCCAGUACACAACGUCACCUCCGUCGGUCCUACUAAUGCUCAUCUGAACGGCACAUUUGCAUUUUCUAGCCCGGGUCAAGAUCUCUCCCUUUUAACAAAACCAGUAAAUGUCCAAGAGACAUCUAUGAAGCACGAAUCAUCUGCCCCUACCUCGCCUGCUAGUCCUUCUACUCCAAGUUUUACUCAAGCCAAGGCAGCAGUGCGAGAGACACGUUCAUCGUCCAUAACAACUGAUUUUUCUACAAAGCAACUACUUGACUUUUGUUUAAGUCAUGACAUGAACAAGUCCAGUCUGCUUCCACAUCGCUCUGCAUCGGUCUCAUCAGUGUCUGGUGUGGAAUUGGGUAAUAGUGAAGAUAUUUUAUGCAUUUGCAUUCUGGAUCCAUCAGGCUCAGUGGCGUACCGGGCAAAAAACAGCUAUUAUCCGACGCUCGAGGCACUGUACCAUGUCGAAACACAUGAGAUCGAAUUACCGGGAGGCUCACAUAUGUUAGCAUCAAGCACAAACAAGAGUGGAACCAAGGAGAUGCCGGAUAUGUUCCCCUUACACAGUCGAAGCUGGGAAGGUUCUGACUAUUUUAAACUGGGCUGUGAAGCGUCAUCACUGUUAAAAGUUUCUGCGGUAAAUACACUUAUUCACACUGCGAUGAAUGAUCUGGAGACGUUUUUGCCUUUUAUCCAACCAUAUGAGAUUGAAGAAUGCGUAACUAAUUUAGUGAAGGCCCGUUCGGCUUCUUCUUGGUCACCUCUUCAGGUUCGGCAGAAAACGUCUCUGCUUCUUCUACUUUGUGCACUGGGUUCUUCACUCAGGUUAAGUGUAUCUGUGCCUAUGGAUUCGAAACGCAAUCAUAGCACUGCCUUGCCUUGGGAGUUUGGACACCGCUGUUUCUUACUGGCGCGUGGCUUGCUAUGUCCACGUCAGCUGAAGUUACAAUCAGAGGAAAUGACAAUGGAGUUCAUACAAUGUAUGAUUCUUGUACACAUGUAUAUGAUACGAUGCAAUGACCGAGAGGCGUCAUGGUCUCCCUUGGCUUAUGGUGGAAUGGCAUUGAAGCAUGCUUGUCAAACCAUGCACAUUAAUCAAAGUGAUGUUUUGUUCACUCAGUCUAUGCUGCGUUGGGAAAUGACAAAACGAUGCAUGUGGGUAUUGUACAUCCAAGAAGCAACAAGCCGGAUUGAGGGCUAUUUAGUGUCUCCUCGCUGCCUGUGGACGUACGCCCCGUUGUCGAUCGAGUUGCCAGUGUAUCUUCAUGGUAUCUUCACGCCGGAAGGUCGGGCAGAUGAUGCGAUAACGUCAGAGUGUAUGAAUCGAUUUAACUCGCAAAUUGAGCUAUGUCAAAUUUUUGUCCGUGCUCUUCAAAUGAAACUUCAUGAGAAUGCCCCAGUAAGCCAGGAGCAAAAGAAUGCGGCUGUCUCGCUUCAGAAUCAGUUGACAGAAUGGGCACUCAAAACACCAUGUUUGGCGCAUGUGACUGCGGAGUCGGACACGCCAGCUCUGCCAUCGAAGAAAUGGGCUGGAUCAGAGGCACUCGACAGCUCAAAUGUGUAUGUUCUUUGCUCGUACUUGUUGUCUCAAGCAACAAGCAGAUGA